AUGGAUAAAAACGAGUCAAACUCCCAACUUGAUAGGACAUCAACUAUCAAAAAGGACAACAUAAGUGAAGAAAAUGAGGAAAACUUAGAUUUCUUUGCUCAACUCAAACUUAGGUUUGAACAAAAGAGAGAGAACGGUGAAGACGAUUCAAGCUCCUGAUUUUCAGCAACUUCAUCAGAGAGUGACUCAAAUCCAUUUGCCCAACCUCAAAUAUUUGAGAGCCCGCUCCCGCUCUAUAGGAAAGAAUAUGGAGGAAUUGUGGUAUAUGAUGUAGAUGCUAUAAUGGAUAGUGAUAGUUCUGAAGAUUCUAAGCAGCAAUCACCGAAGAAAGGAAAAGUGGCUGAAAAUAACGAUCAAAAAGAGACUGAAGAAACUCCUUCUAAAACUACUGGAAAAGAAGAAACUAUGAGAGAAUCCUCAUCAAUUCUUAAAGUUAAAGAUCUCAAGAGUAUCUCAAAAGAAUGACCAACUUAUGGGCCCAAUGAAUGUCCGCCAGACAAGCAAUGGCUUAAACGACAACCUAUGGUUAAACACCUAAUCAACAGAGAGGACCGGAACAUACUUCAAAACUGUAUUGUUAAAUUUUCCAAGAAAAGAUCUUAUAAGAAUGAGGGAAGAAAAAACUACAAGCUCACUCUUCCCCCAACUGAGCAGACGAUGAUAAAGUUUGAAUCUCGGUUUGAAAAUGGAAACCUGUGGAAGGCAAUCAAACUUGAUGAUUUUGAAUACAACCUCGUCUUGCUCAAUGACUUCAAUACAAGCGGGCAUACUCAAUGGUAUUAUUUCAAGGUCACAUCAAAAUUCAAAGCAGGGGCUAAAAUAAAGUUCAACAUAGUCAAUCUAUCCAAGCCCGAUAGCUUGUCUAAUGAAGGAAUGAAGCCAUGUGUUAAGUCACAAAAGCAUCUAGACAAGAGGGGAGAAGGUUGGCACCGAGAUUGUACCAAUGUCUCAUAUAAAAUGAAUAAAUUUCUGCGUAACAGAGAACGUAAGCCUGAUCCUAUAAAUUUCCCAAGUGCUCCAACUUGGACUUACUAUUACUUCACUCUAAGCUUCACAUAUGAAUUCAAAUAUGAUGACGACACAGUAUGGUUUGCCCAUGCUGUGCCUUACACUUACACUGAUGAUCUCCUGCCUUUAUUAAGCAAGCUAGCUCAUAAUCUUCCUAUUGAACCCAACUCAGAGUGUGAGACGCUAGAAUCCACUAAGAAUGAGGAUUGCUCUGAGACCUCAGAAAAGGAUGAUGCUAACAAGACGGAUUACUGCAACUUUCUUAAGAUAGGUACUCUUUGCAAGACCCUAGCUGGAAAUCAUCUCAAGUUCCUUACCAUUACAGAUAAUAUCCAGACAUAUCGGGACUGCAAUGAAGAUGUUGAUUGGACUCUCAAGCAUCAGUCUGUAAGGGCUCAGAUCCGAGCCAAAGUAGAAAAAGAUCAAAAAUUCUUCUACGAUCAAGAAUCUCCUGAUAAGUGGGAGUACGAGAACAGAAUGAAGAAAGCACUCCUUGAUUUCUCACCUGCAAGGAAGAUGAACAAAAGAGUCCCAAAAUUUGAAAAGAUGUUAAAGCAGGUGAACAAGUUUCACUCCCAUAAGAAGGGAGUUUUUAUAUCAGCCAGAGUACAUCCUGGGGAGCCUCAAUCUUCUUGGGUUUGCCAAGGAUUAAUCCAGUUCUUGGUUAGCAAUGAUCCCACUGCUAAACUUCUCAGGAAAAAUUAUGUGUUUAAAAUAAUCCCUAUGCUAAACCCAGAUGGAGUAAUUUACGGAAACUAUAGAUGCUCUCUUCUUGGCUAUGAUCUUAACAGAAGAUGGGACCAUCCAAGUAAAUAUUUCGAUCCAACUAUCUACUACACAAAGAGAUUAUUGAAAGUUCUUCUUGAAGAAAGAGAGGUAAAACUCUUCUGUGAUCUUCAUGGACAUUCUCGCAAAUAAAAAUAUUUUCACAUAUGGAUGUGAUUACUACAAUACAUUCCAAGAGAGCAAGUAUAAUAAUUUCCAUUUGAGGCUAUUUCCUUCCCUACUAAGCUCACUGAACAGCGAUUUUAGUUUCAAAGAUUGCACAUUCAGAAUAGAAAAAUGUAAAACUCAGUGAGCAAGAGUUGUUGUAUUCAAGCAAUUUGGAGUCAGACUCAGCUUCACAUUAGAAUCUUCUUUCUAUGGAAGAGAGAGCAGCAGGUCUAAGCAUGGCACUCAGGAUCUCCAUUUCACACCAAAUGACUUGAAACUAAUGGGAAUUGAUAUCUGCAAAGGCAUUUCAUACUAUCUUAACAAAGACUUCCUAGAUACAAUUGAUUCUGUAUCAAAAUAAAUUCGAAGCGAAUAAUGUCAAACAAAGUGAUUCACAAACUUUGCUCAACUUUGGAAGUAAAGAAAUUAUUGAUAUCUCUGGAAAGUACUCAAAAAUCUUAACACGAGUCUGCAAAACUCUAAAUAGCAAAUAUGAUCAGUACUCCAAAGAGGAUAUUGAACAAACCUCAGAGGAUGAAACGGACUCAGAAUCAGAUGACGAUGAGACAAAUCUAGUCAAUCAAAAAAUUAAAGAAUUGAAAUUGAAUAAAGAUAAAGAACAGAAGACAAAGACAUUAAAGAAAGCUACCUCACGCCCAAAGAACAAGACUAAGUUGAUAGUUGAAAAAAGGAAGAUCAAAGAUACUAAGAACUCCCCGAGUAAAACUCAGCUUAAAGGGAAUUUCAAAGCAAGGAAAACCACAAAGAACAGGAAUUAUUUCAAUCAUAUGAGAAAUGUUCCAUCUCGAGAAUGGAAGCCAGAUGUGGUUUAUAAUCAUAUCAUCCCAUCAGAGAGGUCAAAGAGGGAAGACGGUGGCCCAUCUCUUCCUUAUGAGUAUAAAUAUGACUUUACAUAUCCAAAUAAGUCUGAGAAGAAACAAAUAAAGAAUAUCUUUAACAGUAGCCAUGACUAUUCCAACCUUGGUCCAAAGACUAUCAACUUCAAGAGAGCUCUUGAAGGUGAUUCCUCAGGUGCCACCAAAGACAGAAGGAACUUUAAGAAAACUAGUCCCCAUCUAAAUGAAAACUCUGAAUAUAAACGAGAGAAUAGCUUUACAGAAAUAAAUAGUUCGACUCCGUACUUAUAGCUCCAUGAAAGAAGGCCAAAUCAUCGAAUGAUACUAAAAUUGGAGAUGAUUACUUCCUCCCUGCCAAGAUCAAAGGCAAUGAGAAUUUUAUCAUUGAGAAAAACCAAGAAAUUUACCUCGAAAAGAGAUACAAUAUGAAAAGUUUUGAAAAGAUUUCAAUACAUUCGAGAAAAAAUAAGAGAAAUGACCAGCUUGAGGAUCAUAACAUAGGUGAAAGCCUACCCCAGAUGAAUAGGCUAGGGAUGAGAAAGAACACUAGAUCUAAUGCAAGGAAUGCUGCUAAAAUUGAACAACUCUUCUAUGAGAAAUCAAAAUCUCAAAGAAGAGCUAUUCCUUUAAUAAAUCCAAUAAAUGUUCAAAAGUCUGAUUUCAGUCUCUCAGGGAUGAUAAAAGGAAGGAAUAUCCAAAGAGAUCCAACUUCAGAUAACCAGUCUUCCCAUGAAGCUGAAAGGGUGUUACAUAUGAGGCAUAAAAGAUUCAAGCCAAAGACACAUAAGAAAUUAAUUAACUUAAAUCCUUAUGAAAAUACUGUCAGAAAAGCAGAAGGAGCCAAAGUAGGAUUCUACGUAUUUCCAUUUGCAAACGAUGAGAGAAACAAAUGAAAAUUUCCUGGCAAGCCAGUACAAUAUGACUAAUCUUUCAACCUAGC